GAACCUUGUAUAGCUGAAAAAAGGAGUCCAUUCAUUCUCUACAGUUUCUAUACCAUAUCUUAAUUAAAAUGCCAAGAAGUUAUACCCUAAGAUUGGAGACCAGAGCAUUGGGGGCUGUGCAAAUCAUGAACGGCCUGCUUUACUAUGCGUUGGGGUUUCUCUGUUAUGCAUUAUUUCUCGAAGAAGAGGACAGAAAAAAUACUGGUUCUAUCCCUGUCAUUGUUACACUAAUUUACGUAUUUGGGUCAUCGCCAUUUUUCAUCUUCUCGGGAUCCACCAGCGUACGAGCACAGAAGCAUUCCACAAAGUACAAGCUUAUUUCUAGCCUUGUUAUGAACAUCUUAGCUGUCUGCUUUUCGGUACUUGGUGCAAUAUUGUUAAGUAUUGCGUGUUUCACGUAUCAUGCAGACACCAACGAAUACAUUUGGACACAUUUGGCUGGUAGUAUGCUUUUACAAUAUUUGCUCUUCACCACCAUCACGGAAAUAAUCUGUGCAUGCAUAACUAUCAGAUGGAUUGCAGUAGCAUUGAGUCAUCCAGAAUACAGUGAAACGAGUUUCAAUUACCCUCAGUCAACCAUGUCUGAAAGCAGAUGACCCUCCUUCUGACGGAUGGUCAGAAGGUCCUUCACUGUCGGAAUCCAGAGUCUCCAGUCAAAGAACCAGAGCGGCUCCAGUCAUGAACAAAACGUAAACUGAAUUAGUGAAGAACUGUAAUUUUUUUCAAGAGGCCUCAUGGAAAAGGCCCGCUAGUGAAGUCUUUUCUGGUAUACCUUCUCCCUACUUCA